AUGGUGCAGAGACACAGCCUGACCAUCCCCCAUGGAGUGCCUGUCCUGGCUCUUUCCUUCCUGGCAUGUGUGGCCACAGGUGUGGAGCUGUCUGUAAACAACCAGGCUGCUGACUUCACCCUGUCCACAGGGCUCAGCCCUGCCAUCUCCCUCUCCUGCCUCGUGCACAACAGCAGCCAGGCCGAGGAGCUGCUCUGGUACCGUGGGGAGGGGCAAGUGGAUCUGAAGGAUGGGAAUAAAGUGAACGUCAGCAACAUCUGCAUCUCCCCAGUCAACGAGUCUGACAACGGGGUCACCUUCACGUGCAGGCUGGCACGGGACAAGGCUGUGCAGGUGUCUGUGACCCUGGAUGUGCAGUUCCCUCCCCAUCUGAGUGGAGAGGAGACCCUGCACGUGGAAGAAGAGAAAGAUGUUACCCUGACCUGCAACUCCAAAUCCAACCCUCAAGGCCAAAGCACGUGGUUAAAGGACAGCCAGAGCCUGACCCUGCAGCAAAGUCGGCACAAGCUGUACCAGACCAGCGAGGUCUUCCAGCUCUCCAUCAGCAAAGUGCAGAAAUCUGACAAUGGGACCUACACCUGCCUGGUGGAAUCACGCCUGGGAAGUGGGACAAGGGAUUUCCACCUCAUCGUUGAAGAUAAAAAACCUGUUUUUCCCAAGGAGGCUGUUAUUGCUGCUGUCGUGGUGGUUACAAUCACAAUACUUUUUGGAAUUGUGGCUCGAAUAGAAAAAUUUCUUAAGUGCUUCAAGAAACCAAAAGAAACAGCUCUGUAA